CAUCCCUCCCCCCAUCCUGGGUACCAGUUGGGCGCUUUCGGGUUCUGGAGAUUGAAGAGAUGGAGCAGCUUCCUCUGCAACGCCCGGCCCCUUAAAACACUGCCAAUCUGAGCCGUCUUCCUCCCUGCAACCUUCAGCAGGGAUGGAGUGAAACGGACCCCUGGACCUGCCUGCGAGGAUCAGCAAUGGAGUUAAAGCAAUCUCUGUCUGUUCAUCUGGAAGCCGAGAAGCCUCUGAGGCGCUAUGGGGCGGUGGAGGAGACAGCAUGGAAAGCGGAGGGACUGGGAAGUCAGCUGGACAUCAUCUCCAUGGCUGAGACCAGCAUGAUGCCAGAGGAGAUCGAGCUGGAAAUGGCGAAAAUCCAGCGUCUCCGUGAAGUCCUGGUCCGUCGAGAGUCAGAACUCAGGUUCAUGAUGGAUGACAUUCAACUCUGCAAAGACAUCAUGGACCUAAAGCAGGAGCUGCAGAACUUGGUGGCCAUCCCAGAAAAAGAAAAAACCAAGCUGCAGAAGCAGAGAGAGGAUGAGUUAAUCCAGAAGAUCCACAGACUGGUGCAGAAGAGAGACUUCCUGGUGGAUGACGCUGAGGUGGAACGGUUAAGGGAACAGGAAGAAGACAAGGAAAUGGCUGAUUUCCUGAGGAUCAAGUUAAAACCUCUAGACAAAGUAACCAAGUCUUCAGCCAGCUCCCGGGCAGAGAAGAAGGCAGAGCCCCCACCUAGCAAACCAACAGUGGCCAAGACAGGGCUGGCACUCAUCAAGGAUUGCUGUGGGGCCACCCAGUGCAACAUCAUGUAGCCCCUAUGUGGGUGUCCCAGAGCCGUGGGGACCCUUCCUCCCACCCUCUUGUCCUCAUAGCCCCCAUUUCACAGGGGUCCAAGAGCUUUCCAAGGCAGAAGGGGUUGAAGGCAAGCCCAUGACUGCUAUCAGGGGCUAUGGGUAUGGCAGGUGGGCCCAGCCUGUACAGAGUGUAGCAAUAGAGAGCCCCUCACCAUUGCAUGGCCCUCCCCAGAGCAUGCCCAACCCAGGAGUCUGUCUUAUUAUUUAUCUAACCACCAAGAAAGCCCCUCCCUUAAAACAAUAUACCUUCACUUUUCUCUAGGUGUAUUCAACCUACCAUGCAAAUGAACUGGGAAAGGGGCAUAAGCCCCCGGGUGUGUAUAGCUGUGAAUUUCAAUAAUCUAGCACCGUGUUGGACCCAUUCCCCAUCCACCCUUCCAGCUUUGCUGUCAGAUCCAAGUCCUGUUCCCUGUUUGCCCUCUCCCAGGGAUCGUUGCUUGGAGGGUUCCACACAGCCCACACAUCUCUUAGGCUUCAUUGUAAUCACUUCCCUAGAGAUGCUGGCCUGUCUAUGAAGGCUGAGUCUGUGUGAGAUGUUGGGUUUACACCUCCUGCUCCGUCCCAUCCUGGUGUGUAUCUGCCAGGCUCCAGGCUCUUCCUUGAUUUGCCAUGUCCAGCCCACAGUGGAGCAGAGUAGGGAGCUGCGGCCAAGAGCAGACCCAGUGCUUGGACCAGGUAGCAGAGAGCUGCAGGUACCAAUGUCAAGACCAGAGUGAAUGAGAAGGGGACCCAGAAAAGAUGCCUACCCACAUUCUCUUCACCCAGGGCUGCUGCAAGGGAGUACAAGUGGGAGGUCACACUUCUGGCUCAACACACACUGACAGGCAAGAAAGGAAGCCUGACUCAACUAUGUCUCCCAUUGUCUGGUGGUGUGUUUGAACCAGCCCCACAAUUCCUCUUGUGUAACCUGUACAUUUUCCAUGGCCAGCCCGGCACAGCCUGUGUGAGCUCUGUAUGUGUAUGUGUGUAUUGACUGGCCUAAGUACUUAGCACCAGUCAAGAUUUGCUGAUGUGCAAACUAUCCAUCACAGAAAAUAAAAAUGAAAAACAUACACGCA